AGGCGGAAGUCGUCUUCUACGCAUGUGAACGGCCUCCACGUUGUUUUGGACUUGUAGUGGGUUAGAAUAGCAGCAGAUAUUCAUAUUUAAAUAGCUUCCCCACGUGGCUUACGUUGUUUAUUGUGUCGAUGAGUCUCGCAUAAGUCCCUGCUUCUACUCCGAGAAGCCUUUAUUCGCUGUUGUCCAAAUCGGGUGACCGAAAAAAACAGAAGUUUAAAGGGAGCUAGCUAGCCUGCUAGCUUAGCACCGUGUAGCUACAAGUUGCAGCAUGGCAUCUGAGCUGGAGCUGAUAGCGGGCAGCUACGAGCAGAUAGCGUUUGGUUACCACAUAAACACUGAGGAGGACGAGUGGACAUCCAAGGCGGACUUCACGCAUCACGCCCACACGGCAUCCAUAUCAGCUGUGGCGACCAGCGAGAGGUUUGUGGCCACAGGAAGCAAAGAUGAGACCAUCCAGCUGUACGACAUGAAGAAGAGGAUUGAACACGGAGCUCUGCUGCAGCAUGACGGUACCAUCUCUUGCCUGGAGUUUUAUGGGACGUCUCAUUUACUGAGCGGAGGCGAGGACGGACUCAUCUGCGUGUGGCGCACUAAGAAGUGGGAGUGUGUGAAAUCAUUCAAAGCUCACCAAGGUCAUGUUACGUCGCUGUCCGUCCAUCCGUCCGGGAAGAUUGCACUUUCAGUUGGGACGGAUAAGACUCUUAGAACAUGGAAUCUAAUUAACGGAAGAUCGGCCUUCAUCAAAAACAUAAAGCAGAAUGCACACAUUGUCAGAUGGUCUCCAGACGGGGAUAAAUAUGUGGCUGUGGUGAGCGACAAAGUGAACAUCUACGACCUGGAGACGGCCUCUGUGAUAGGAACCGUCACAAACCCCAAGAGGAUCUCGUCCAUCAAGUUCUUAAACAACUCCAUCCUGGCAGUCGCAGGAGACGAUGAAAAUGUGAGGUUAUGUGAUCUGGGAAAAGAGGAAUGGGUGUGUGAGUUUAAGGCUCAUGAAACCAGAGUGAAAGCUGUUGACAGUUUCGUGAUGGAGGAUUACUGCGCGCUGGUAACGGCUUCGAACGACGGCUUCAUCAAAAUGUGGAAACUCCAUUUAAAAGAGGAGCUGGAGUCUCCCACCCUCCUCGGGGAGGUGAACACCACGGCCAGACUGACCUGCCUGGCUGUGUGGAAACCUUCCUCAGUGCAGCAGACUGCUGAGGAACCUGUGGCAGAAGCAACAACAUCUAAAGAACUCAUUCAGGAGCUUUUGAAGACAAAAAGAGUCCGAAUUGCAGCCGAAGAAGUAAUUCUGGAAGAUGAAAGCAAGCCCAAAAAGAAGAAAAAGAGAAGCGGGAAAUAAAACUGAAGAACAAUUGCUAUGUUUUAUCAUUCAUGGACUGUUUUAUAUCCAGACUUACUUGGUAAAUGCAUGUCCUUUUUGUGGUUCCCACAGAGAGGUCAUACAGCACAUAUUUUGUGAAUAUAUUAUGUUGCCAACAUUUAAAAAUACGAGAUGUGCAACAAUAAAAGGUUUCUAUAAUCCAA